AUGGUGGUGAAAGAAGAGCACGAGUAUAUCUGCCAACUUCCCAACGCUACCAUCACUUUUAGAGCGAAGAAAAAUGAUUACGUGAAUGUUAUAUGUGAAGGAUCAAACAUCAACUGUACGGACCUUCCUUACUUCGACUUCGCCAGCGGCCAACCUCUGCCUAGCAUAGGACUAAAAUAUUGCCCACCGAGUAUACUGAGAUGUAUCAACGAUGUAGUCGAAGCACCAUCUAUAAACAGAGUCACUCUGCUGAAGAUGACGGAACCAUUGUCUGGAGAGGACGUUGGGAGUCUUGGCUCAGUUAAUGCCUUGACUUUGAGAGAUGCUAGAGUCCAAAGAACACUACCAAUCACAGUCAUUAAAAACCUUCCAACUCUUCGAGAAGUUAGAAUAGGUGGGGGGAAUAUGCAGCUAUUACCACACGCCUUCGAGGGUUCCCCCCCUCUCACGUAUCUAGAGUUUAAUGAAGACAAAUUGACCAGUAUCCCACCAGAUUCCUUCAAUGGACUAUCCAGCUUGAUUCAUUUAAACAUUUGGGGAAAUAACAUUGUAAAUAUUAGCGUCGGGUCUUUUAAAGGUCUUGACGAAUUAAGAAAAUUGUCUCUGAGCACGAACAAAAUAAAAUAUAUUGAACCUGGGACCCUGGAUGACCUUCCAAAGCUGGGUGAUUUGUACUUGAUGAAAAAUCAGCUCCUAAUCCUACCGGAUGGGCUUUUGGGUAACUUGAAAGAACUUCAAAAUAUAACUUUAAAAUUUAACGACGUAGAACUAACGUUCGAUGACCGAGCACUUUCAAAUCUACCCUCAUUGAAGAAAAUAAUUUUAGAGUCCAAUAAAAUUCGGCGUCUCCCCGAAUCCUUGUUCUCCGGCUCUCAAAACAUUGAAUAUCUAUCCCUAAGUUACAAUCUAAUCGAGGAUCUCCCACCCGGCGUAUUCAGUACUCUUUCUUCUUUGAAGUACCUGGGUUUGAAAAAAAACAGAGUGAAAGAAUUGUCCAAAACUGUUUUCUAUGGUAUCAAAAAUCUGGAAUUCUUGGAAAUGAGUUUUAAUCAUCUCGAAAAUUUACCAGGUGAUUUAUUCGCGGGUCUCACUCACCUUAAAGAGAUACAUUUUGACCAUAAUAGCAUUGUAUCAAUAGCUUCAACCACGUUUUAUGGACUUUCCAAGCUCGAAACCUUGUCACUGGGUGGCAACAAACUAUCCCUGAACGUAGGCUAUAGCACUUUGAACAACAGCUCCAGAAGUUAUAUAUCGCCAUUUGCAACUCUAACGAAAUUGAAGAAUUUGAAUCUUAGUGGCAAUGAGAUAAGUACCAUUUUUGACGAUUGGCGAUUAGAUAUGAUUCAGUUGGAGAACUUGAAUCUGUCUUAUAACAAAUUUACAACCAUAAUGUUCGACCAAGAUCCUGCAGCUACGUACUUCAUAAGUUCUAAUUUAACAGUGGAUUUGAGAAACAACGAGAUACACCGAAUCUUGGUCAACCCUGGAACAUACGAGAGAGAUUCUGCACCACAGCUAAGAAAGUUAUUAUUAGACUAUAACCCUUUCAGAUGUGAUUGUCACAUGUACGGCGUGAAAUUAAGACUUGAUGGGGAUGUAUAUAUGCCCAAAGAACCAAAAUUAAUUGUAAACGACGCUAGGUGCUCCCUCCCUCUAGACCUAAAAGGGGUCCGUAUAAAAGACGUGCCAGUUUCUAGUCUCGUUUGCGAGAUAUCUGAUACUAUUUCAGACAGUUGCACAACCCUAGCUAAACCUGAUACAAACGAAUUAAUAUUGAACUGUCCCAAAUUCCCAACAGAGUUGCCAGACACUAAACACGUUGCGUUACUUGAAUAUUUUAAUAGAGAGCCAACUAUUACUGUGAAAUCUAAACGUCCACCGAUAUCGUUACAUGGUUUUAACGUACACAAAUUAGAUUUAUCUAACGCUGGCUUAAAGAGUAUCGAUUUUAAACCUUCUAAGGAUCUUAAAGUACUCGAUUUGUCUUAUAACGAUAUUAAGGUUGUACCCGUGGCGUUUUUAGAAGCCAAUAUUAGUCUGUACCUAGUAAAUAAUUCUCUCGAAUGUAACUGUGGGAACGCGGAAUAUAUCGCCACGCUUAAAAGUUAUAAAUACGUAUACAACGCAACGUGUGAUGGUGUAGGGCCCAUUGAUCAAUUGGAUGUGCAAAGCCUUUGCAAUAUGCAAAAGGCUCUUGCCGUGUCCUUAGGCAUUUGUCUCAGCAUCCUUUUUUGUGCUGUCUUCACAAGUAUCAUCAUAUACAAAUACUUUAAUGAAAUCAUCAUCUUCAUGAUAACUAGGGGUAUUUGCAAAAGUUGCGUCAAAAAUAUAAAAUCUGACAAGAUAUACGAUGUUUUUAUAUCUUUCGCUCACGAAGACUUGGCUUUGGUACAAGACAUUCUGCUGCCGAAAUUGGAGAAAGAAUUUGGACAAAAUGUUUGCGUUCAUUAUCGGGAUUGGGUUGUCGGGGAGUUGAUACCGACACAAAUAAAUGCGUCGGUGGAAAAUUCUAGAAAAACGAUUAUAGUUCUCUCAAAGAACUUUCUGGAAUCAAUGUGGGCGAAUUUGGAAUUUUUAACGGCUCACAAUUUGACUCGGCAAGAGAAUUCUUCUAGAAUUAUUCUCAUAUUACUUGAUGAGGAGUUGUCACGGCAUUCAAAGCUCUCUGCUGAAUUGAAGGCGUAUAUAAAGACGAACACUUACCUUCUAUGGGGGGAUCCGAAUUUCUGGAAAAAGUUAGACAGGGCUCUGGAAAGAAAUUCGUACAGCAUCACCUGGCUGGAUGCCUUUAAGCAGAAGAGUGAUGAAAAGAAACGCAAAUUAGGUGGUUUAGAUGUUCAACUCCAGAACGGUCAGUUGGUUAACCUGGCUUCACCAUACCCUGUUACAAAUAGUCUUCCAUUUGAUACUGUAUAA